AGAAGAUUGAUUGCCUGGCAGUGAUCAGGAUUGCAGAUGAAUUCGUCGUGCGAGUUCAGCGCUCAGCGUUCCGAUGACAAGCACGUAAGAUGAUGGGAUCACCACAACGAUGGCACAACAUCCGAAAAACUUCAGGACAGGCGAUGGGAAGACGGGAUCAGGAAGUCGAUCGGGACGCGAUCUCGAGGACGUCAAGAACAACGGCCAUGCGACGUCGUCCACGCGUCAGAUGUGUUCGUCAUGGGCGCCGAACGAUCUUGACCGCGAAAGCCGCAAGCUGAUGCUAUUUGCUGACGUCAUGCAGAAGAUGAUGAUGUCAGCAUAUGUCACGCAGGCAAUUGUAGGUGUCGCCAACCAGUCUCGUGCCAGCACCUUCCGCCUUUGCCGUCGCCAUAGGCAUCUCGUCGCCAGACAUACCACUAUCCAUGUCCUUCUUGCCUUCGCCAUAUCCCUCUCGUCACCAUCUCCCGUAUCGACAUCUCCCACGUCGCCAUAUCCCGCGUUGCCAUCUCCCACGUCGCUGUCUCCCGCGUGGCCAUUUCCCGCGUCGCCGUCGCCAUCCUCCGUGCCGUCGUUUCCUACGUCGCGACCCGCACCGUCAUUUUCUUCGUCGCUACCAGCACCCACGUUGUCGACGUCGUCGUCAUCCCGCAGUGCUUCUAAUCCAAUGAUGAAAAAGAUACGACGUGGGAGACAAGAAUUAGAGGAGAAGCGAAAAGCGGAAGAGGAGAAGAAGACUAAGGAGGAAGAGGAACGGCGUAAGAAACUGGAUUUUGCCAGAAAGAUGGAGGAACUAUGGCUGCGAUUGCGGAUGGAUCUGAACGAAGAAUGGCGGCGGAGAGAGCAAGAAGCGAAUGCUGCAGUACGAGACAUGAGGAACACGAAAAACAACGAGUCGCCGGCUGAGAGGGGUCGGAAAACUAGGAAGGCCAAGCGUAAAGGGAAGAGAUCUAAGAGGGGGCAUAAUUCUGAACCUAGUGAGGAAUCUGACUCAGAGACGGGAUCCGGUAGGGACUCUACGACUUCGACAUCCACGUCGGAGGAGGAUGGUAGCAGAGGAAGAGGGCGGCGUAAGAAGGAGAAGGGAAAGAAGCGCAGUGCUAAGAAGAGGGUCGGGAAACAGAAGAACAGGAAAAAGGAUGUCUCACCGGUGGAUCUUACCCCGAGAUUCGAGCAUGGCGAGUGCUCAAAACACGGAACUGCCGGGGCUGAGAAUGCACAAGGCGGACGAAAAUUGAACGAAGAUGAUCGAGAUGAGCGAGACGAAGAGCCAAAGACCCCACUCACAGGAGGUUACAAGGGGAUUUCGGCGGGAUGCUCUCAAAAGGGGCUAAUCGGAUACUGCAUGUCUGCCCACAAGAUUUACUCGGGGAAGAGUGCGCCGGAUCUUAGAAAGUUAUGCGACAAGAAAGGCAUCCGUUUCACGAAGAAGCCUGAGGUUGUCGAACUGCUAACUAGGCAGCAAGUGGAACUAGCAUACAAAGGAUUCAACGAGAAGGACGAGGAGGGAAGCGCUGACAAGAGGGGGAAGGGGAGAGCUCCGACAACACCGAAGACCGAAGUCAGGAAGGACCGCAUCGUACACGAACAAACGGCUGAUAUUGGGAAACGUGAGAUUGGAAGGCGGAGAAAGGCGAGAAGAGGACGAAGGGAAAGAAAGGGUAGAUCAGCACAGACCCGUGUCAAGGACACGGUGGUUGGAUGCAGUCACGGGGUCAGCUUCACCUCGAUUUAUAGUUGGUUGGAUAAUAGGACUGACGGGGAGGACCUGCAUGAGGUGGUGAUUUUCAGUAGGGGCGAGGUAUGGAUCGACGGAUGGAAAACAAUCAGGAGAACUUUUGGAGAGACAAGAUUGAUGAUUGACGACAAACGAGUACUGCUCAAGCACAUGAAGGAGAGAUUGCAACAAGGAGGAACUGUGACUUUCCGAAAAAUCGUGAAGAUGAAAACGACGACGGAGAAGAAUAAGCUGAUGCUUACAACACUCCUCAGACGUCCGAGACCGGUGGCAAAACUGGCGAAUCUGACUACGAACAAGCUUAUACGUAAGUAUCGGGCAGCUGGCUGUUUCACGGAGAAAAAGGCCAAGCUUGCUUUACGGUGGAAGAUUGACAGUGCAAUCAGAAGAAAGCUGGGUACUGGCGUGAGGAGGAAGGUCGUGGUGAAACUGCGUUUCGAUUCCUGCAUACGGAAGGGAGGGAUUCGGAUGAUGGCCGAGCACGUCAUCGACUACAAGCUACGAGACAGGGCUGUAGCAGGCUUCAUGAAGACCAGGAUCCGAGUGGUUUGGAUGAAGAACAAGACUGUGGGACAACUGCUGCAUAACCAGAAGACGUUUGCAACGGAGGAGCAAUUCCAGUGUACGUGCGACAGCUUCAAUCUCCCGAAAGUAGAAGGUCAUGUCGCAACAAGGUUUGCUGAUUUGGAAGACAUGCCGGUGUUCCUACGCAAUUCGAGGAACAUCACGAGAGCUAGCACGGCUUUGAAGAAGGACACUCUGAUCCAGGCGGUCCUGGAUGGUACGAAGCAUAUCCGAGGAUCGAUGCCAACGCUUACUGUACCCGAGGGUACCAUUGAUGAGAGGAGACGUGUGUCAUUGGCCUGGACGGAUGGUGAAGUCAAGAGAUGGAGCAAGAGACUGGGGGGACUAGGCCUAAUGCCGAUAGACCGGAAUCAUGGGGACACCGCCGUGUUCUGUCCGGUGCUCUGGGUCGACGCUGAUGUUAGGACGUGCUCGAGUUUUCGAUCACUCCGUCUUGUGUGUGCUGAGUGCCCUGAGUGGAUGUGUUCCCGCUUGCUUCACGUGUUUCAGGGAAAGGCUGCUCAUGGAGGAACCCACUCCGCCGGUGGUUCCGCCCCGCAUGGGGAGGAGCCUCGAAGGACGACGUCGACACCAGUCAUGGCGACGAGUCGGGGUGGUGUCGGUGGGGUGGAACAACAAGGGGCCCAAAACUUGUGGUGCGACUACAGCAAGCGUGUCUGGUAUUUGGACUGGGCAUGCCAGGACUCCUCCAUCCCGACAACAGGACGAUGCGGGCCAGUCUUGUUCGUCGCCUGUCGCGGUGAUACGACGCGUCUCGUAGGGUCUGUCGUCGAGUACGCCGACGAAGGCGACGACAUUUUAAAGUUUACCUUGUGGAAGCUUUACAGAAGUGAUGGUUUCGUCGACAAACUCGCAAAAGGAUGCAUGGUUGCUGGGAGGAAGUUCGGGGGGUACAGCGCAGGUGCGAUGGCUUUGCCCUUCUUUGUCCCUUUGUCGCCAGGCCACGACGAAGUCGUUCACAUGAAAGACUUCCUCGAGGUUUGUCCGGCUUCAGUAGACCCUGGCAAUGGCAUGGACGUUGACCCUGGGACAUCGAUACGUCGUCCUGUUGGGUUCGCGCGAGGAGACAAUUUCGGCGGAGGUGUGGGAGGGGAGGGUGGACUGCCAGGUACGCCUCCUGAUCCGGCAGUGGGCAUGUCGGACGACUCUGAGGACGAGUGUGCGCGUGCGUCUUUGAAACCAGGCUUGCAGGGAUCUCGACGCCAAGGUUUGCUUGGGGAGUCGCCAAUUCGGGCGUCGCUUGGAGACGGCGUUGGCGAACGGUUGGAACAGGCCUCGGGAUCGACGUCUCCCCGAAGUCUCGUAGAAAGGAUCGGUGAGUUCGUCCGUGGCAAGAAGGUGGCGGAGUUGUCGACGGCUGGUCGACCGGGUGGCUCGCAGGUUCGAGAGGUGCGUGGGGCAGACGAGACGACUCUGUCGGUCCACCCUGCUCUUGAGCGUCUGCAGACGGAGGCGAGCCCUCGUCGGGAAGCAGGUGGGAAUGUCGCUGGUGACGAUGAGCUGCUCGGGCUGGGGGUGACUCGAGAGAUCUCAUCGAAGACGACUCAGUCGGGAGGCAAGCGCAUCAUGCCAGUUGUGGAGGAGCGGGAGGGAGCAACGGCUCAGAAAAGGCAAAGAAAGGAAGAAGGGAGUGCUCGGACGCCGAUGACAAAAGAGCGCGACUCCGUUGAGAAGAGGAAAAGGGUUGGCGGUGGAGAUGAUACACCCCGAGAGCCUUCAACAUGACGAAGAACUGGGGAGUCUUCCGGGAAGAGGUCUAAGUCGACAAUGGAGAGGAAACCAAAUGAGGGCGACACCCGGGAGGGGGACAACGACGUGGAGAUUAACCUGAAUACAUUUAACCUCGACAAAGCGUUCUUCCUGGAGAUGAAAAUGGGGGUGCAGAGGGACAUCGUGUUGCACGUUCAUCCAGAAAGAAUAUUGCAUAUUCCAGACUGGGAAGACGUGUACAACCAUCGAUCCUUGGACGCGUUCCUCGUGGACACCAUCGCGGCGGCUAUGAUCGACUUCUACGAACGUAAAGACAUGAGAUAUACAAAGCCGAUUUUCG